AUGAAACGGAGUCAACCGACUGAUAGCAGAGGAAUUUCGAAUUUCAAGGAGCCGAAAAUCGUGUCGGAGGAGGAUAAUUUAGUAUGGAGUAAUCAAAUUACGAGCACUUCGUCAUUCCUCUCCCAAAUCGUCGAACAAACUUCUGGAAUUCUAGAAAAAGAGUCAUCGGAUGGAGGAUUUCAAUUAAAAGAACCAAAAAUAGAAGAAGGCGAUACGAAUGGUAAUGGGAAUAUGUUAAAGAAUAAGACCACCACCGACACUUUCCCCAAGUGGACACCACGACUCACCAGCUAUCUCGACGACGAUUCAUUGGAUUUCGAUUGUGGUAUAGAGUUGGGAAGUUCUGUUUUAUUCGAUAGUCUACCGACGUCAAAAAGAGCGAAUCCAUCGAUCGAUAAUUCCGGGGAAAUGAGAAGUAAAUCGAAAGAGGCGAUAAGUGAAGAAAAAGAACGAGAAAUUGAUGAUUAUGAAUCUAACGAAGAAGAAGACGAUGAUAGCAAUGAAGAAGAAGAAGACUACGAAGAGAAGCCAAAAAAGCGAGCUCUAGCGCCCAACUAUCUCCGUGCCAAACUAUCCGACGCCUUCCAACUCAACAAUCAUCCGACAGCACUAGAAAUGCAGCGUCUCGCCGAGGAGUGCGCAGUCCGUUAUCGAACCGUGUUCGAUAAUUUCGAAGAACGGCGAAAAACGAAACAAAUCAAGUGUGAAGACGGGGAUCCGUGUGAGAAAAUCAAGAGAUUCAUUGCGAUGGAAUCAGAACAAGUGCCUCAUAUCACACUGUCAGAAGAGGAGAAAUCGCUGCUGGAAGAGGCUAUUGAGACACAUUUGUUGUCUAGGAAAAAGCUUAGUGUGGGAUAUUUGCAUGUGAUCAUGGAAAUCGUGGAACUGCCGGCGAACUACAUCCGCGGUCAGUGUGAUAGUAUGCGACGGAGAAUGAUGGGAAGCGGGCGGGCGGAGUUGUCGAAGAGGAAGAUUCGGGAGGAGGAGGCGAAGGCAAAUGAUGCCAACAACUCGCUGUCAAUCGAUAAACUCCGCCAACUCGAGGACGCUUACCUCCACAAAAAGUAUCACAGCGAAGACAAGGAAUGGACUAAAACCGAUAUCCGAAGCCUCGCCGCCACCACAGAUCUUCCCGAAAAGACCGUCGAAUACUGGAUAAACAGAAGGAACCGGACGACGUUGGGUCUCGAACACAGCAUUGUCGACUUUAGACGAGACCAGGACGCCCGUCUCAACGUGGCGUCGAGUCGGAAGUUGUCGAGUUGGAAAUUGGAGAAAUUGAUUGAACACUUUGAUAGGAAUAGUCAACCGGAGAGACAGGAGAGAAUCCGAAUUGGAAAGGAGCUGGGAUUAGAUGAGUCUCAAGUCAGAAAUUUCUACAAUAAGCGAAGAAUUAGUAUCAGAAAACAGGUGGAGAUGGAUGAUGCGCGCAAGGAGUUUUUGGCGUUGCCGCUGGAGAAAAGGAAUCAGAUGGAGAGACUUGCGAAGGAGAGGCGGAAACCGGCCACUGAGAAUAUGGAGAUCGCUCGCCGCCUCGGUAUCUCCUACGCAACACUGUGCGGCUUCAUCAAUUGGAAAAAGGCGUUGGCGAAAGCCAACAAGUAUCAACUAUAA